UCUAUAAAGUUCCUACCUUUAGGUUUAGCUUCCAAAUAUCUCACUCACAACCCACAACCCACAACCAUGUCUGGCAGCGCCGUCGUUGCACUUUAUGAAAAUGGUUCAAUCACUGAAAACUCAAACAAGUCUCCCUUCUCUGUCAAGGUUGGGCUUGCCCAGAUGCUCCGGGGUGGCGUAAUCAUGGAUGUAGUCAACGCCGAACAGGCCCGUAUCGCCGAGGAAGCUGGCGCCUGCGCCGUCAUGGCCCUCGAACGUGUCCCUGCUGACAUCCGCGCCCAAGGCGGCGUUGCCCGGAUGAGCGAUCCUCAACUUAUCAAAGAAAUCAAACAGGCAGUAACAAUCCCUGUCAUGGCCAAGGCUCGAAUUGGUCAUUUCGUUGAAGCCCAGAUCCUCGAAGCAAUCGGAGUUGAUUAUGUCGAUGAGAGCGAAGUUCUCACUCUCGCCGAUGAGGAAAACCACAUCAAUAAGCACAAUUUCCGUAUCCCAUUUGUCUGUGGUUGCCGUAAUCUCGGCGAGGCCCUUCGCCGAAUGCGUGAAGGUGCUGCCAUGAUUCGAACUAAAGGGGAGGCAGGAACUGGAAACAUAGUCGAGGCUGUUCGACACGUUCGUUCUGUCAUGGGUGAAAUCCGUACUCUUAGGAAUAUGGAUGACGUGGAAGUAUUUGCUUUCGCCAAGAAAAUAGCUGCCCCGUAUGAUUUGGUUAUGCAGACAAAGCAGCUUGGAAGGCUGCCGGUUGUCCAGUUCGCUGCGGGUGGUGUGGCUACACCGGCGGAUGCAGCCCUGAUGAUGCAGCUUGGAUGCGAUGGAGUGUUCGUUGGGUCCGGCGUUUUCAAGAGUGGUGAUCCGGCUAGGAGAGCACGAGCUAUUGUUCAGGCAGUGACCCACUACAGUGACCCGGAGCUUCUGGCGGAGGUGAGCUGUGGAUUGGGUGAGGCUAUGGUGGGGAUAAAUCUCAACGAUGCGAAGGUGGAGAGGUAUGCUAACCGUUCAGAGUAGUCAAAAGUAUGCUCUGUUCGUGUGUUGGUGGGGUCUCGAUCGAUCGAUUUCUAGAUAAGAAUAUGUUUAUUACCCUGUCCUGCACCUGAACUAUAAUAUUUGUUUAAAGAAGUACUUUUGUUCUCUUUAAAUUCAGAUUCAUUUCUUUGUUGCCUU